AUGGCGGGCGUAAUAUUUAGGUCCUUUCUUAGUUGCAUAGCAACAAGAGACGCUCGUUUUAGACCAGCCUCAAGUUUGAGAAAAACUACCCGGGUAGUGAGGGGAGUAAAUUGAUAGGAGUUUUACUGGAGAAAAAAAAGCCUAUCACAACUGUUUACGUCUUUUCUUUCUGAAGUUUCCAUUUUUUCUUUGUCUCAAUUGCGAGUGGAAGACAGGGGAACAGGGCAGAUUUCCUCUGCGUGACAUGGAGAGAAUUGUUUUUCCGUAACAUUCCUGCUUCAAUUCCCCUCCUAUUUUUAAAAAUAGCAUAUGCAGUAAAUCAAUUCUCGAGUAUAUAAUGGAUUUUGGCAUGAAAAUGGUGGUAAACAAAGCAUAUAAUCAAUUUUUGCACGCUAAGAAGUUGCUUCCAUUCGAAGCCUAUAAUUCUCAAGUCCGCUUUGAUUGGCUGACGCUAAUGAAUAAUAAUUAUUUACUUAUUUCUGAUUGGUUGAGGACGGACAAGCUCUUCAAGACGAAGAGGCGACGCGGUUUGGAUUAGAGUGAGUGAUUAUAUUGUUGAGUUUUAAUGCUGAUAGUUUAGCAUCCUGAUUGUUUUCUACGGACGUGAAUAGAUUGGUACGUUUCUUCAAUGUAUCCUUUUCUAAAAUCUGGCUUUUAAUUCACUCGUUUUUCCUUUGAUUUUGCACAGGACAUCAUGGAAAACCCCACAAGUGUUCCUGAAUUGAUGCAAUUCGUCCAAGCGACCUUACAAAGCAUGCAAGAAAAGUUUCAAAAUGUCGAAGACUCAAUCGUGAAACGAAUGACCGAGACUGGGAAGAAACUGGACGAGAUAGAGAAAGGACUCACGGAUCUGAUGGAUCAUUCUGGAAUGGGGGAGCCUUAUGAAGAAGAUCUUGAAUCGGACAAAGAUUUCUCCGAUACAGACAAGGGCAGAUGAUGACGAUGAAUCGCAGAUGACGGUUGCUGGUAACCCCGGUUGCUAGAGGCAUAAGUAAUGUAAACAGAUCGUUCACUUAACGUAGAUUAUUUUUAUUUGAGUAGAUUCCACUAUGUGUUUAGUAUAGUUGUUAGAAACAUCGUGUUCUUUUCCCAAUUUUAUAUGUAAAGCAGCCUAAAUCCUGCAAAACGUUACUUUACGGUGGUAUGAUGUUGAAAUUAGUGGCCGUCGCGGUGUGUACACUGACACUACAAUUGCUUACUGAGUCAACUGGUGAAGCCGAUUAGCGAAGAAAUAAGCUUUUGACAAACAUUUUACUUUUAUUUAAAUUUAACCUGCAAGAAAAAAAAAUUGUAACGUAGAGGGCAUCACUGAAAGUACUUCCAGUUUUUUUAUAUUGUAAGUAUGGUUUUCAUGCUAAAUAUAUUUGUGUAGUUUGGGACUGAGAAAUAAACUACAAGUUGUCAUGACUUCAGUUGAAAUCAUUAUUCUUAGAUUCCUCUAACUCCUAACUCUCAAGUGAUCAGAAGGUAAUUUCUCUUCAGAAGUUUAAGACACUCUCAAAGUGAUGGUUGAUGGAAACUAGGAAAAAUAUGUACUUGCUUUUUUGUGAAUUAUAAAGAAUGGCCACAAAAGGAAUAAACGGU